GGAUAAGAAAUCCGGGUAUAGCCUUUGUCAUAUCGUACAACUGCACUAUGCUGCGCGUGAGCGUAAUCAGGCACAGCAGCUUUGUGUUGUUCGUCGUACGUUACGAAUUAUAUAUUUUAAUUGUUUAAAAAGCAUAUUUAUUUUGUUGAACAUGGACUAUAAGGAUGAACAGCGCAACGAGAUCGAAGCUUUGGAGUCAAUUUAUUGCGGAGAAUUGGAAAUUUUGGCGACGGAACCGUUUUAUACGUUUGCUAUACCGAUUAAAACAGAAGAAUAUGAACCGGAAACUGACAAUGGUCUCGGUUGUCGAUUAGAAUUUACGUAUACAUCCAAAUACCCUGACGAAUCGUUGCUUAUAUCAAUCGCAGAGCAAGAAAAUUUUAAAAAUGGUGACGAUGAGAAAUUGAAGGCACAUCUGGUAGAACAGAUGAAUGAAAAUCUUGGAAUGGUAAUGGUUUUUACAUUAGUUAGUGCAGCUCAAGAAUGGCUUAAUGUUCGAUGGGAUAAAAUUAAACUAAUGAGAGAAGAGACUGCAGCACAAAAACUGAGAGAGGAAGAAGAAGCAGAAAGAAAACGAUUUGAGGGCACUCGUGUAACUGUGGAAUCUUUUUUAAGCUGGAAAGAGAAAUUUGAUGAAGAAAUGGGCUAUACAAAACGGAAAGAAUUGGCAGAUCGUGAAGGCAAGAAGUUAACAGGCAGAGAAUUAUUUAUGACUGAUAGGACAUUGGAUCAGUCGGAUCUUAAAUUCUUGGAUGAUGGUGAUGUCGUAAAAGUAGAUGAGAGUUUGUUCCAAAAUCUGGAUGAUUUAGAUUUAGACGAUGAAGAUGACCCAGACUAUGAUCCAAAUAUCUCGGAUGAUAGUGCCUAAAUAAAUUUGAUUCAAUAGCCAUUACAAAGAGAAGUGAUAUAUAGAACCAAUUAACAAGGAAUUUACAAAAUCAUUAUAGAAAGAAAAAAAAGAAUAAAAAAUAUAUUUUAAGUACUAGAAUGAUUUCUCUUGGAUACUAUAUCUAGUAAAUAAUGGCAAUGAUGAAUGAAUCAUCAUGGUUGAAACAGAAAAUAUAUUUCUUCAACCAAUGCUUUAUUGAAAGAUUCACAUACACAUCUGUACACACAUCCAUAUACAUACACCAUACACAGAAUAUUUAAGGAAUUAAAUAAUUUUUAUAC